GAAGACUUACUAACACCUGCCAGAUUACAGAUCCCAAGACACCUGUUUCCUCCUAAGACACGCAGCAGAUGCUCGCACUCCUCCUGUCUCCGCGGAACAGCAAGCACUUGAAACCUACUCGGUCAUCUCCGCCACAGAUCACGCUACUGUAUUUCUACGGCUAUGUGUUAAGACUUGUAAUAGUGAGUUGUCAAAGAGGUUGUGGCGGAGGAGACAACAGCCGAUCACAACACACUCACCUGGACGGUGUCAUCAAGAGAUGAUAAAUAAACAGAAUUAUUGAAGCUAACGAUUGGUUGUUAAAGACUCAACACAAACUGUAACAACACUCAUCUGACCAGUGAAACAACUUCAUAUAAACCAUCAACAAGAGAAGUUUAUUACUGGUUGUUAACGUCAACUUACAACUUGCCACAACCCAGUUCUUCAACAUCAUAAUCCAACAUAAAGUGUAGAGCUACAACACAAUGAUGAACGCGAGGACAUGGAAAAAAGUUAUGUACUUGUUAUCAGCCAUCGUAUUGGUAACUUUCAUAUGUUAUCACAUCGACGUCAUCCGGUCAUCUGUCAACAAGAAUCCGAAGGGUGUGUUUGAGACGUGGUAUAGAAGGAUUGUCCCAGUACAGGAGGAGGCUGUAGGGAUGGGACACGAGACUCCCUGGGAGGUGGAGCAGCAGAAGAGAAAAGCUGCCGUACAGGAAGGUUGUGGUGGUAAGCCUACUGCAGCUGCUCUGAGUAGAACCCUACAAGAAUUUCCCAAUCUUCCUCACCUUCUGAUAGACGAUGUUCACAAGGCCAUCUACUGCUUCAUCCCCAAGAUUGCGAGUUCCAGCUGGAGAAUUGUGUGGAUGAAGUUGUUGGGUCUCGAAAACAUUCCGAGGACUAUGUCGAGACAUGAUUUUCUUUACAUGAGAAUACUACAAGAGAACCGCCAGAAGAUUGAUAUGAUCCGAAAAUUAUCGACGUAUACCAAGUUCCUAGUUGUGCGUCACCCAUUCGAACGCCUUGUCUCAGCCUACAAGAACAAGAUAAAAGGUCCCGACGUGACACUACAACAAACCCCCGUCUAUAAUUACGUCAAAAAAAUUCGCCCAAACGCCAAUCAAUUAGACAUCCAGUGGACAGAGUUUGUGGAUUACCUCAAUAACGGAGGUGACAGAACAGACAGACACUGGGAUGUUUUCGCCAGACACUGUUACCUCUGCAGCAUAGAGUAUGACAUCGUCGGCAAGUAUGAGACUCUUAGCGUGGACUCUGAACACUUCCUCCGGCGGGUGAGAGCCCCAGAAUGGCUGCACUUCCCUGAGUAUCACCCCACCAAGACCAGCUCAGAGCUACAGACGUACAUGAGGAACCUCACCAAGAUGCAGAUCGAUCGCCUCUACCGCACCUACGAGAAAGACUUUAGACUCUUCCAGUAUACAUAUAACCCUCAUUAAGGCUCCUGCUGACAGUCUCCUUCCCUCCCACUCAAUAAUCCCUCUCGCACCCACAGCUCACCUCUCCUACCACCCCUUUCCUCCCUAUCCCACCCAUACCUCCCUUCUCCCACUCACGAGAUGUAUUAUUUAAGGAACUCUUUUACGGACGAAGAAUCACCAGGAGGACGUAUCUCUCGUGUCAACUCCCUCCUCACCACCUCCCUUCCCUCUCCUCCCCUCUUACUCCCCUCCUGUGGCUACUUCAAGAGACAGUAUAUAACAUGAUAUUUUUAGCCCCUUGAUAGUUACAUAGUGAUGUACAGAGUGCCAGUGUGUUUUGUAAUUAAAGUUGUAUCACCUGAAGACUCGGAACCCCAGUAUAUUUCACCUGAUUAUUAAACACCCUGACGAUAACCUAACCUAAUCCUAACCUAACCUAACCUGACCUAACCUAACCUAACUUAAUCAAACUUAACCCAGGUAUCUUUAGGGUGUUUGAUCAAAUGAAAUAUGCUGGGGGGGGGGGUGUAAUCUUCAUGUGAUACUUUAAGUUUUUCCAAAUUAGUUUAAGUGGGAAUUAUCGUCCUCAACAAGAUGAUUCUAAAAUAAAAAUAAAAUAAAAAUAA